AUUAAUAAACUACCAAAUUACGAUCUAAUCUGUGACGAUCCGUAACCCGAAAUCACUCAUAAGUUCAUGAGAUGUUUAUAGAGAUUCACAAGGAUUUCAAAGAUAAGUUUGGAGUGUAAGGAUAAAAAAAUAUUUUUUUCUUGUAUUAGAAUUACUUUCGUAAUUAUUAUUGUUUGCAAUUUGUAUUUCCUUCCAUUAGCAUAUGAGAGAAUUAGAGAAUAUGUUAAUUGACAUUUGCUAGGUGAAUCAUUGUUGUCCAUAUGUGAAUUUGUAUUAGUAUUACUUUUCUUCCCCCAUUCGACCCUUUCCCUAUUACUUCACCGAAUCAGGCAAAUCCAGAAUCCAGAAGGAACCAUCGUAUCUAGAAAAUUAUUGUUACCAAAUUAUCUUCGAGUUCAGAAUGUUGAUCUUUCUUGGCGGGAGAUUUGAUCGGCAAGCAAUAGGAGCUGUGAAAUUUACCGCCAGGCUUGGAAUUUUGGAAGGUGAGCGGGUUUUCUCCCUCGUCAAAAUUUACCGCCAUCAUCUCCUGUCAUAUAUAACAGUAAACCCUCUUAUAUAUGGUUGGUUCGGUGGGUAGUAGUCUUCUUUGACAUUAUUCUCUACAGUCCAGUCUCAGCCGCAUCAGCCACAAGGUAAGCAAUUGCAUUUGCCUUUUGUUUUCGUUCGGUUUGGAUCAGUUUGUUUUGGAUGUGUUCCCCUCCUGUCGGUAGUUGAUGUUUCACUGGGGUUCUCUUUGGUUGUUGGGUUCUUUUGAUCGAUUAUGAGUUAUUGGGUAUUGUUGCCACUGUAUGUAUGUUUGGGGCAGCCUUCAAGAAGGCACGCCUAGGUACAAUUAGGAACAAAGCAUAGAUGGAACAACUCACCUUUGGCAUUAGGGCUGAUAAAAGUGUUUAUUGCACUUAAUAUCUAGGAAUUGCGCCUAAUCACUAAUCAGGGAAGAAGCGAGACUAGGCGAUGGAGUGUGGACCUAGGCGUUUGCCAUCUAAAUCAGCUCCCCUCCCUCACAACGCAGCAUUUUGUAUGCUCGACGUCAUCACUUGGAGAAGCUCGGCGAUGGAGUGGGGUUCUCUGCUGGAUGGAAAAUUCAGCAGCAAGGGUUAGCCUUUCUUGUUUGAUGAAUCUGAAGUACAACUAUAACAUAGAAUAUACUCUACAUGUAUGCAUUAGUAUCUUUGGAUGUUAAUCUACAGGUGCCGAGCGCUCGCCUUACGCCUAACGCUUUUUUGAACCUUGGUUUGGGGAUAUACUUUUGUGUUAUUGUUACUGAUUAAUUCUUAUAAUUGCUUCCUAAUUUUUCAGAACGUAUCAAGAACUAUGAUAGGACCCAGAAUACCCCAGAAUGGCAAGAGUAAGAGUAGAAAGACAUGUCCUCGAUUGAAGAAACAAUCAGAACAAGAACCUAGGCGUCUGAAUAAAAUGAUUGGCCCAAGUCCCACGAAGCGAUCCAGCAUCGAAGUCGGCUCAACGCUCAAGGAGAAGCCAGCUACACAACUUUCACAAUCAACACGAAAUACAGUUGACAUCUCUAGAAGGUAUGUUGGAUAUUCGAAGAAGGUAUCUAUUCCGAGCAGGGACUUUACAUCUUCACAACCGAUUUCUACCAAAGCUAAUCACUUUAACGAGCGUCGAAAGUCACACAAAGGACCAUCUUCGUGGAAUGCGCGUGAGGAGGAAGAUGAGGAUUACAAAAUGGAAGAUGAUAGUGAAUACGAUUCCACAGACCAAACUUGUGGUCUUCCAAUUUAAAGUUUAAGUGCAUGUGGUCUUCCAAUUUAACGUGUAAGUUAAAUUUUUUCUUUAUGGGAAACUGUAAACGUAUAAGUUAAAAUUUGUUUCUUAGUUGGUUGACAUAAAAAAAUUAAACAAGGCACAUUAUCAAAUCAAAACAUCAAAGUUGCAAGGUGUAUAUAUAGGCAAUUAGAUAGUUUUAAAUGAAUUAAAGGUAAAUAU